UGCAAAAUAAGCAUAAUUCCACAGCAUUUUCUCACUCAAGGUUCUUUUUCUCGCGCUCUUUUUCUCUCUCUUGCCCUCUUUCUCCUCCCUUUUCUUCGCAAAUCUUAAUUUUAGGGUUAGGGUUCUUUUGCAAAACCUCGAUUUUUCUCCUGAAUUUCUCUUUCAAUAGCCGUAGAAAUUCCAGUUCUCAAACAAUGAGAACCAAUUGUUGCCAUAAAUUCUUGGCAUUCAAUAUCAAAUUCCUCAACUUCCUGCAAUUUUUCCUCGGUUUUUCUACCGUCAUUUACUCAGCUUACUUGCUAAACCAAUGGCAAAAUCAAACCCCACCUGUUCCUUCGCCUCCGCCUUCACCUGUUCCAUCGCCUCCGCCUUCACCUGUUCCUUCGUCUCCGCCUUCACCUUCGCCUUUGCCUUCGUCUCUAGCUCCUCUUCCCAGCUAUUUUCUCUCUCUUUACUCCGUUGGAGAAUCCCUCAAAGUAGCUGAUCUCGCGGCCGGAUUAGUCUCUGGGGCAGAGAUGGAUUCGUUUGCUCAUCUGCAUUUCAUUCAGUUUCCCGCUCCAUGGUUCAUAUACUUUCUGAUGGUGGUUGGUGUUUUCCUCUGCUGUAUGUCUUGCAUUGGUCACAUUGCAGCUGAAGGAUUUAAUGGUUGUUGCCUCUGCUUUUACAUUCUUCUUGCCAUUCUACUCAUUGUGGUUGAAGCAGCUUUGGUGGCUUAUAUUGCAAUUGAUCAACAUUGGGACAAGGAUCUUCCAUAUGACCCAACUGGGGAGCUUGAGAAGCUCAGAUCUUUUGUAGAAGAGAAUGUUGAUAUAUGCAAGUGGCUAGGCCUUACUUUACUUACUGUCCAGGCUUUGUCACUCCUGUUAUCUUUAGUCCUACGAGCUAUGAUUUCCAGUCAAAGAAAAGAUUCUGAUGCUGAGGACAAUGAUAUUGUCGCCGGAGAUAGAAUAAGGGAACCGCUGCUUAAUUCUCAAUCAAACCAGUCUGUGACAACAAAGAGCGAAGGAAGAGGAACAUUUUCUGACAUUUGGACGACACGGAUCAGACAGAAGUAUGGACUGAACAAUGAGUCAUCCAGAAACCAGUCUCUGAAUGCAUCAUCUGGUACAAAUUCCUAGUUCUCAGUAACACAGGUAUCAUCCUGAAGAAACCACAGAAGUGGUAAAUAUCAUUUUUGGAGCUAAUUGAGUAUCUUAAUGUACAGUAACCCUAUUCUUCAUUCUUUCUUGUAUUUGCUGGUGUUAAUCGUCUGUUUACUGUACGAUAUUGGAUGAAUUUCAUCAAGUUGUAAACUGUCACUUGUUUUUGAAGUUAUCAAACAUCAUAUAUGUGAAGAUCUCGAAAUCGGUCUAAACCGGGACAACAA